CUCUCUCUCUCUCUCUGUCUCUGUCUCCCUCCUUGUUCUUACAGUGCCUUGAGAAGUGAACAGCGAUUGGGCGGUAGAGGUGUGUGUGCGUGUGCGUGAGUGUGUGUGCGCGUGUGUAUGUGUUUGUGCUCUGGGGACAGUGUGGGAGCAGCAGGGUGGAGGUGCCUGUCACAUUUGGGAGUAGACAUGCAGAAGUACAGCUCCGGGGGAUCAGUGACCACCACCACCAGCGAGGAUCUGCCCAGUCAGAGAAGGAUUCAACGUCUGAGACUGACCUUACACUCAGGUGAACCCUCUUCUGGACAAGAUGAAACCAAGAAUACCACAGGAAAGCAAAUGCAGGAAGAGAAAACUGCCAAUGGGAUGAAGAGGAGAAGAAAUGGCUACGUGGAACCACCAGAGCAGCACCCCCCUGGUGUGACCAAUGGGGUGAGGGAGAAUUCGCCCCUGCGGCUGCCAAAGGUGUAUGGUGCGGUGCACAGGAAGGGCACAGACGGCCAGCAGGAAGUGAUGGCGCGUGAGUCAUCUGUCAAUCACCUGAGGGACCAAAUGAACUACAUCCGAGAGGUCAGAGACUCCCUGGAGAAGGUGAGGGAGCGCAUGUACGGCCAGUUUGGAGGAAUGCAGCAGUCCAUGCAGAAGCUCUCUCAGGACAUUCGGACUGCCAAUGCCCAGAAGCAGAGCCUGGAGAUGGAGGUGAAGACCCGGACUGCCGCGAUGGACAGCUUCGAGCAGAUGAACAGCUCCCUCAUAUCCGCCAACAUUGACCUGCAGAAAUCCCUGCUGGAGAAGUGUGUGGAUCGGGCCGAUGCCAGGGACAAGAUUCAAAGUUUGUGCAGCUCCUGUCAGCAGGCAGAGGAGACGCUGAGAGAGAGAGACAAGGAACUGGCUGCUGCCCUGGCAGCGAACCGGUCCCUCCGACUGCAGGUGGAGGUCUCCAAGGAGGCAAACUCCCAGGCGCUGCAGGAGACGACUCGGAAACUACAAAACCAGUACGAGGAGCGGCUGCAGAACGAGCAGAGGAAGCACAGAGAGGAGGUCGAGGCACUGCGGGCACAAUUAGAUGACUACGUGAAACGCCUGGAAGAGGCCGAGAAGAAUCUCAGGAUUGCAGAGGCAAAGAUCGCUGAGCGGGAUCAGAGGAUUAUUGAAGUGGAGCGUCUCCUGGACUGCAUGGACAAGGAAAAGAGUCAGCUGCAGCAGAAGCUCCAAGAGUGUGUGACACGUCUUCACAGGUUAGGAAACACUGACCAGGUGGAUGCUAAUACAGCCAAGAGGGCUCAGAAGCUGGAGGGAGAGGCCUCGGGACUCAAAGAGAGAAUCAAACACCUGAAUGAUAUGGUGUUCUGCCAGCAGAGGAAGGUGAAGGGCAUGAUAGAGGAGGUUGAAACAUUACGGAAUAAAAUGGUACAGAAGGAUAUGUUCAUCGCGGACCUGUUGAAUAAAAUCGCCCUCGCUGAAUGUGAGAAACUGAGUGCAGCUCCAGUACACACAAGAGAGAUUGGAGUGGGCUGUGACCUUCCUCUUAGAACUGAAACGCAGGCAGGAGAUGAAGCCCAGUCCAGGCCGGUCAGACAGAGUCCACUACCGCGCAGUCGAGUGGAGUCCAGUUUGCUGAAUUACUCUCCUGUGCAGUACAGCAGGUGGCUCCAAUCCAACAGCGCUCCGCUCAGUAAAAGCACGACGAGCUCAACACAGUCCCCCCCUUCCUCUGUAAAUCCAGUCCAGUCCAGCUCAGCCCAGAACGGCACGGAGGCGUCUGCUUCACCACAGACUUCCUCAGCCCCCUCGAGUCCUGAACGCUCCACUCCAGCUGUAUCCAGUAUGCAAGCGAGAUCCAUCCAAUCAAGAAUAAACACACCUUACAUGAAACUCUUGGAAAUGACCCCAAAAAUGAACACUCUGUCCGUUUCUCUUAUAUUAGUGACUGGUUUGGCAACGUUACUUGAAUUUAUUCGUUUUCGAUUUCGGAAGGAUGAAGUAAUGUCCUCAUCGUUGACUGAACGGCAGGGAUACACUGGUGAUCUUCUAAGCAAGAGUAAAGAUGAGCUCUGUGAAAUUUUACUACGCCAGGAGAAACUACUUUCUAAUAAGAGGUUCAUUCAGUCCCUCCCCGAUAAAGGGAGGAAGAUAUCAGACUUUGUGCAGAGAGUGCGCCUGGCCCUAGCCCACCAUGAAGAGGAGGAGAAAAGGCGCAACAUGUUGUCAUCUGUGAGGACAGAGUUUCAGUCCAAAUAUCAGCAGGCCCUGUCCCAGCGGCAGCCUGGGAAUCAUAUAGACACACCCAGUGUGGCGCUCUCAGAAACUUCCCAAAAAGCCCAGCAGGGUACAGUCUCAACUCCCGAAUGGGUCGACCAGAGGGGUUCUCUGUUGAAAGCCCCCCCUGCGGUCCAAACUGUCAGUGUGGAUGAGUUAAGCGAGACUGCUGUAAGCAUGGAGACGGUGUCUGACGGUGUUGCGGGGCUCUCAGUGGCCACUGAUAGGACAGAAGAAAAAGACCUCGCUGAGGCCUUGGAAAAGGUCACGCUGACAGAAGGAGCAGUUUCCCCCACCGGUUUGUCAGCAGCUGAGCACAGGGGCCGCGCUGGAGACGGUCCGUCCCACAGCGAGCGGCCGCAGAAGAAACCGCAUUACAUAGAGGUGCUGGAGAAUUCUGAGACGAAUCCGACCACUAGGAGGCCAAAGUUCAAGCCCAAUCAGCUGCUCCAGAGGACCGACGGCUCCUCGGCGGGCUCCUCCCCCAGCCGGUCCCCCGGCGGGGUGGCCCACCUGUCCGCCGAUGCCCGGAGAGAGAGGGACAGGAAGCAUCUGGAUGACAUCACUGCCGCCAGACUGCCUCCGCUCCACUACAGCCCAGCUCAGCUCUUGUCGCUGGAGGAGUCGGUCUCCCUGCAGCAGGAGCACAACAGGAAGUGCGAGGAGCUGCAGGCCAAGAUGGCCACUCAGAAGCUGAGCGAGCGCCUGGGUGUCAGCAUGACGAGCUACAGCCCGGACGUGGACCAGGCUGCUGGGUACAGGGAGACGCACGCUGACGGAGCCCAGCCCUCCUCCGACGAGGAUUAGAUCAGUGUGAAUGUGGGCGGAACCUUUCUGCUUUCCCCGUCUGCUGAUUGGGCAGAGCUGUGGGCAGUCCCAGAGGGGGAGUGUUUUAACGAAAGCUUGAAAGGCGGUUGGGAUGGCCGUGGAAAACUGGUAUGGCGCUCGUAACGGUAGACGCACUGAGUGAGCAUGUCAACUCUGGGGCACAGAUUCAUACAGACUUGGCCGACUCAUGAAAUGAUGACCUGCUCUGCUGGUCCCUAAACCUCAACAGAAACCUCACUCUGAUACCUUGUGAUUCGUAAUCUCAUGCAGUAUUGUCAGGCAUUCUUUUAUAACGUCCAGGAGUGAACGAUACUCUGCACUUGACGCAUCGAAUGUCAGUCAUGAAGGAGAUAGCUUUUAUAGCGCAUUUCAGUAAAGUGUCUACACAAGCACUACCAGUGACCACGCUGUAUGUCCUCAGUGUCAUGUAUAAACUUCAUAUGCCCAGAAAAUGGAAUCCUCAGGAACAGCAAAAAACUGCUUCUAUUUUCCAUUUGCUAGUGAGCAUUGUGGUUAUUAUCAUUUGCGGUUUUUACCUUUAUUACUUUUAGAGUUAUGAAACUCUAAGUACAUAGAGUCAGAAGAUAACUUUCAAAGUGCUUUUAAAAAAACCAAAAUGGUGAAAAAUUGCAUAUGCACGAUUUUUUCUCAACACUGAUGUUAUGCAAAGAACCACGGAAAAUAAUUAUGAAACCACUGAGUCAACGUAUUUUUGUAUGUUUUAUUCCUUAUUUAAAAUAAAACUUUCCAUACAGUA